AUGUCGUCGUCUAACGAAUCACCAUACGUCUCUAAAGAGGGGAAUGAACCUGAUCAAUCUUCGAGAGAGUUACUAGAUGAUCGAGAUGAUUUAGAUCCAUUUAGGAGCAUUUGGUUCGUACGAGAACUGAAGGCAAGACAAGAACCGAAUUCAGAAUUCGUUAGCUCAACAGGAACGAGAUCCAGGACGAUGAGACCACCUCCUAUGUUGACGCAAGGGCCUCAGAAUUUCAAUUAUGAUCCUACGAAGACAUCCGGGUGGACUGCUAAUGAGGCCAAUUCAGAUACUCUUAGCGAUCAUGGGCAACAGGAUGAUCACCCUGCCGAUGCCGCUGGGUCGAAUGCGUCUGAGCAUCCCACAGACGAUAGAGGUAAACCGAUGCCACCGUCUACCUCUACCUCUAUUGCCCGAAGCGAGGGAUUGACCCCUUCUGUGACCAAAGACAAACAAGGCCCAGAUACGACUACAGAAGAGAGCAAUCAAGGGUCAGUAAUGCUUUCAUCUACCUUUGAAGGCGAGACGAAUCCUUCCGUCAACGAUAUCCAGCAAUCAUGGCGAAGACCUCGUGCGUGGGCCUCGUUAUUCCAACCAACCAAAGGUCCGUGUACUACAUCCACCGCAGGUGCAUCCGCGUCUGUGUCCGUAGAGAUCACAUCAGCAUCUGGCGUAUCUUCGACCAAAGAAGCGACAGGUACAGGGCUUGCGACUGAAUCCAGCGAGGGAGAGAAAGUUGUAGAUGAAGAAGGGGAAUUCGUGACUGUCAUACGGGGUAAGAGACAAUCUCAAAGGUUGACUGAUCAACAACACCACCAAUUCGCAGAAGAGGACAGCCGACAUGAUGUAUACUCGUACGACGACAUUGGAUCGGAACCAAAAGAUGAAGAUUGGUAUCUGCAGCAAGAAUUGGCAUUACAGAAUGCCAGUUUCACUCGAAAGAGAUAUGGUGUUAAUCCGAAUAGACAGGCUAGUUCAAAGAAACGGGAUAUGGAUAAUAAGACUCAUUGGGGAAGAGGAUUUCGAUAA